AUCCCGCAGACGGUGCGGUCGCACAACAAAUGCGCGCCAAGUAGGAGGGGUCUAAUAAGGAAGAAGGGAAAGGAGGAGAAAAAUGGAAAUCCGUGCCUUAUUAUGUGUUCGAUUCGAUUUGUAUUAAAUUAAGUUCACAUUUAACAUGCUUGUUUGACAACUUGUUUGACCUGAGCCACGGACUCACUUCCUCCCUCAGACACGGAACCGCCGCUGUCGUUGGAACUGGGAUCAGGAAGCAUGGAAGAAGACAGCGUGAGCAUAUGGCCACGUAUGGAGCCCUUCUUACUCGGGGCCCUGCAGGUGGCACCCUCCUCCAAACUGGGCCUUCACUACCUGCGCAAAAUGGCAACCUAUGUGCGGACACGGGAAGGAAGUUUCCCCAUGCUGGGCUGGCCCAUGUGGAGACACAUCGCCUGUGGAAAGCUACAGCUUCCAGAUGAUUUAGCUUGGCUCUACUUUGAGACUUUUGACCUUCUUCAGGGACACACGGCAGAGGAGAGGCUUGAGUGGGCCGAAUGUCUUUCCCAAUGCUCCUCCAAAACUGAGCUGGAUCAACAGAGGAGUAAGAUGUCAGUGGACACGCUGCAGUUUCUCCUUUUCCUCUACAUCCAGCAAUUGAACCGUGUUUCCCUACGAACUUCGCUGAUUGGAGAAGAGUGGCCCAGUCAUCGUGCUCGCUCUCCAUCACCAUCAGACAGAGAGUCUAAGACCAGCUCUCAAAACAAGAACUGGGAUGACCAGGCUCACUUGUCGUUUGUUCUGAAUCAUUUGGCUGAGAUUCUGGAGCUUCUUGUGGAGCCAGGACAUCUGCCAAAGUCAGGACAGAGCCUUAGAGACUGUCAGGUGUCUGUUACAAUAAUACCUAGUGUAUGCUUUAAUGCACAUUUUCCUCUAAAUAGGAUCAUAAUUUACAAAACUGGCACAAUGGUUUUGUUAACCCGUGUUUUGUUGCUUCGCAGGUCGGUCAGUCUGGACAAGUGUCGAGACAGUUUAGUGAUCCUGGGUCCUGUAGAAACCAGCGUCCACAUCCACAGCUGCCAGAAUGUACGUAUAGUGUGUGUGGCUCGGAGGAUCAUUAUUGGAGCUUCCUCCCGUUGCACCAUCCAUUCUUUGACUCCCACCCGUCCUCUGCUCCUCCCUGGAAACUCGGACAUCGUUCUCGGACCCUUCCACACCUUUUACCCCUCUCUUGAGGAUCAUAUGGCCAGUGUGGGUCUGGCAGUUGUUCCAAACCUCUGGGACCAGCCCUUGCUCCUGGGAACUGAGGGCCUCAUCCACUCUUCCCCCAACACGCCGUCUAAUCCAGACUUUGCCUGCUUCCGUCUGCUGCUACCAGCAGAGUUUAACUCACUGGUCAUUCCGUUCCAAAUGGAGGGAGACACAUGUGAAGUGCCUGGGGGGCUGCCAGCUCCUUAUCAGGCAACACUUGAGGAAAAACAGAAGAAGAUUCAGAGCUGGCAAAAGACGGUGAUGGAGGCUCGACUGAACAAGGAUCAGAAGCAGCAGUUUGAGGAGCUGGUGACGCUGAAGUUUCACGAGUGGCUGCUGAAGAGCGGAAACAGAAAAGAGAUAGACAGUCUGAUUCCUCCACAGUUGACAUCGGUACGUGAACCCAACAGUCCUGCAGUUGACACACUGUGAAACAGCGGCACCAAACACACCCACAGGAGGUUCGCUGAAGUCGUUUGGCGUCGGUCCAUGUCACUGUUUUUUUCAGUACUGUGAUUCUGUCCGAUGAGGAGUUGCUGAUUGCUGAUGCUGCUCUGUGCUGUGUUACAUAAAUGAUAAUGGGCAGCUAAUUGUUCCAAAUGAACAGGAGGGAAUGGGCGAACAAGUCACGAACACAGGGUUUACCAUUGAAACCAUUAGUAAUAAUGCUGUUAAUGAAGGAAGUAUUUGGGGGGAAAAAAACAGUUUCAGGUCUCACUUUGUAAAGGAACUGAAACAGUAUACAUAGGAACAUGGUCUCCAGAACAGGUGUUUGUAUCAUAGAGGAAAUUUAGGUGUUAACCGCAUAAAAACCCAGACGCUGGUGUGCCUCCUGUGGUCAUUUUGUGACGCUGACUUCAAUUGUUUAAAAAAAAGAUGUAGAAAACGUAGAAUUCAUGAAAUAUUGAAGAGACUUAACUGGUGGAACAAUCAAUUGAUCGACAACACUUGUAUGCUGUGAUGGAAAUGUAGAGACUUUCGUAUGAGAAUUAAUUUAAAAAGUCAACAAGCAAAACCUUUCUUUCCCUGUAAUAUCUACGUUACUACGGUAAGGAUAUUUUCUAAAUACCACUGUGUCCUGCACUAACUUAGUUAUGGGUAAACACAUUAUAAGAGCAGAUAUAUAAAAAAAUGAAUACUUUUUUAAUUAGUUUACAGUAGAUUUUUAGACAAGGAAUGUAAAUGUUAAAUGAAAUUAGCACUUUGAUUAGGUCAUAGCUCAGGAGAGUCAUUUUUAACCAAAUAUGUUUUCUUUUGACAGUAGUAUUAGUUUGUGCCAAUGUACCCAGAAUGUUAACAGUGGCUGCGCUGAUGUAUGUUUAUUUUUUAUACUACUCACAUGUAUUAUAAUAGUUAUAUGUAUUAUAGAGUGAACUAAGGACUAUUUUUUCAUUUAUUUUCCCUGGCUCUAAACAUUAAUUUCACUUGCGCUUGUGAUUAAUUGUAAUUUAAUUGGUGAGAGGAUUUAAAAAAAAUUUUUUUUUUCUCAAGUAAAAAAUGAGAAAUGAACUGUAACCGUUAAAGAUUAAAGGGACAUGUACUGUGAGGAAAUUUCCUUGUUAGGCGGAUUUCCAUCUGUGACGUUAGUUGAUAAAUCACAGUUGUGAUGGCGAAAAAAAAAAUAAAGAUUUUGACAAUUUAA